UGGAAUAACUGCUCUGAAGAAAUUGAAUUUAGGCGUAAAAAAAUACUAGAAAUUGAUGUGCAUAUGUGUUAUCUAAAUAAGCUUUACAUAGUAUUAUUCAUAGUUCAUAUAUCAUUUAUAUCUUUGAAAUCUUCUUAUUUUAGGGGAUAAAGAAACCUAACUCUUCAACAAAUAGAAAAUAAAUAACGUAAGAAGAGAAAUAUAUAAAUCAACAAAUGCUCACAAGAUAAAAUUAAGUGAAAACAGAUUUAUUAUUGAUAUUAUAUUUUGUUUCAAAACUACCAUUAACCUUUAUUUUGAAGAUUUUUUUAUUCUAAAAUAUUAUAUAUGUAUAUAUAUGUGUGUAUAUAUAUAUAUUUAAUCAGUGAUAUUUCGAUGUUAUUCAAAGUCAUUGGCCUUGUAUCCUUUUGAGUAUCAUCCCUCUUGUCCAUCUUUUUGUAGCCUUUUAGGUUUAAAGCUCCAACAAUUACUCUUAUUUCUAGUUUCAAUUGUCAUAACCAGUUCUUUAUAUAAUGCACAAAAAUCGGUAAAAAAGAACUAAAACCUUGUACGUGUCACAAACCAAUUCCACGGUACAGUAUAACACAUAUUAUACAGUUAAAAUUAAAUUGGUCGUGGUUUUGUUAUAAAGUAUUGAGAACAUUAAAAUUAAAUUAUUCAACGCGCUGGUGUAAAGUGACAUGUACACACUUGGCCUUUCAUGCGUUCUCGUGUAUAUAAACACUAACAAAUGUAAUUCACAAGUCAUAAAUCAAAAACAACAAUAAACACCAAAACCUCUGUUUCCUUCUCUUCAUCUGCUCUCUCUGAGUCUCAAUUCCAAAAUACUAACAAUGGAGGCAAUGAAGAUGAAGCUUUCCAUAGCGAUUUUGGUUGCAUUGAUAGUGUUUUCUGCGGUUCAACAGUCGGCUGCAGCGGUUGACGCUCCUGCCCCGAGCCCUACCUCCGAUGCAUCCUCGUUUAUCCCUACUUUCUUCGCCUCCGUGACGGUUUUGGCCUUUGGAUUACUCUUUUAAGAAGUUUUUUCCCCUUCUUAUAUUUUAAGUGAAUUAAAUAAAAUCAUUUGUUUGUGUCUCGUUGAGUUCUUGACAUCUUGUUGAUUUUAUGUCUUGAGUUUGAUCUAUUUCUUCCAUGUAACGUUAUUAAAAAUGACUCAUCCUAAUAUCUGUAAUAAUCAUUUUUCCGCUUUUGAUAUAUUUAUUCAUUAUUUUCAAAGGUA